UGUUGCAUGGUGAAGAAAGGGAACGAAUGAGAGGCAGGAUGAUGGCAAAAGACAUAACCAAAAAGCCCUAAAUCAAAGCAGUUUGGGAGAGAAAACCAUUCUCGUUCCCUCCGGCACUAUGGAUUUUGUCCCCGAAGGCCCUCAGGUGUCUGGAAGCUGAAGGCAGAAGUGGUUCAUCCCACCUUUCCAUCCUUACUCCCUCCCCCCACAGAAAAAAAGUUUUUCAAAAGGAAACACGGACAAAUGCUGCCUAAAUGGGUUAGUUGCUCCGGGAAUAAUGAGGCUACAAUCAAGAGAGAUUUACCGGCAAUCAAACUCGGUAAGGUGACGGAACAUGCCUAUCACCAACAGGAUGAUAGCCAAUAAGACAGCUGUGUUAAACUGGAUGGGAACAACUUACAAUUCAAAGCCCAUUGAUCGAGUGAAAACAGAUGGUGAGAGGUUUGUCCUUAUUGUCGAAGAGCCACCGAGGGUUGAACCUGAGCACGUUGUUAAUCAACAUCUGAAUUCCACUCAGAAGAACUCGAGAAAGAUCCUGAUAAGUACAGGGAAGAUUGAUGGCACAGAGGUGAAGUGUCCAAUAAAGCCAGUCAACAGCUGUGUUACAAAGCCCAGAUCGACGUGCAGUGAGCAAACGAUGCUGAACCAAAGAUUUGUUGUCAGUAGCCCAAGAAUGGACAUUAACAGCAUUUCAGAAAAUGAACACUCUAUACAGAAGCCAUUAAAGAACACUUCCAGGCAAAGCUAUUCUCCUAAUAAAGCCAGUAUCAUAGUUAGGAAUCCAAGCAUCAAGGAAAAAAUUUCAGAAUGGGAGGGUAAGAAGGAACUGGUAUUCUCAACAGAAAAAGAGAAAAUGGUAAAUAAAGGAACCAAGGAACUUGAUAGAAAGUCUGAGCUAAUGAAGUUGGUUGAUGGGAAUGUCGUUAAGAAGGCCGAAGGCGAACAUGUGAAUAUUUGGAAUUUAGAAAGCAAGGAAUCUGGGAAAGAAAAUGAGUACAAGGUAGAUGAAGAGAAAGCAAGGACUUUGGAGGCUGAAAGCAGGUUGCAUGAGGGCAAAGGGAAUGAGAUAAUAAAGUCUGAUAUAAUUGAAGUUUGUGGAAAACAAAAAGAAGUUGUGUGCACAAAGUUUGCCACGACACGGCCCUUGACAAGAGAAAGGACAACAGUACUGAGCCACAUUAAGAAGCUGGAGGAGAAGGUGAAGGAAGAUUCGGUGAGAAGCCAGCUUAAGUUACCUGGUGAUUAUUAUACACCUCAGAGACUUCAAAAGGCACUGGCCACCCAGGCAGCCUCACCCCCUAAGGAGAAAAAGGAUGGCAGCUGCAGCUCGGAGCUCAAGCGUAAGCAUAUCCAAUCCAAUUCAGACUCAGAAGCAAGCGAGCCUAUCUUUGGGACUGUGGAGAAGGUGACGGUCACCUGGGCCAGCUGUAAAAUCAGAAAUGUGGAGAAUGUUUACUCAGAACCUGGAACUCCUGAUCAUGACCUUACAGUGAAUCCUGUGCCCAAGCCUAGGCGAACGUUUGAGUACGGUACUGACAAAAUAGCUGGCCUCUGUGUGUUAAGGAAGAGCACUCGGCAGUUACCAGACUUACCUGUCGUUCCCCCACCACUUCCAUUGACACCGCCCCCUACUGUCAGCACAGGAGCACUAAAUGGGAGACUGAGGUCAAACUCUAAAGAUAACCGUCGGAAAUCUUUUGAAUUUGAAGAUGUAAAAGACCUUCAAAGGCUUCAAUCUCCUAAUUUCUGCAGAAAUGGGCAGGUGGAUUGGUAUGCUCAAUCAAAGUUGGCACUGAACUGCGCUUUAUCAGAAGAGAACAUAUAUGAAGAUAUCCUGGACAUUCCCAAGGAAAAUCCUUAUGAAGAUAUAGAAUCUGCAGACAGGUACCCACUAGGGAAACAGUGCAACCAAGUCCAUCCUUCUUCAGCUGGUUCCACCCCCAAACCAGGAUCUCCAUCAGAAAACAGACCAGACACACCCACAAAGCUUCCUUUGAAAACUUCCUCCCUCUUUCGACAUUCUUCAGAGAGGAGAAGUUUCAAACUGCUGGAUAUCAGAAAAAUCAGUAAAGAUGGCAUUAACUCACCGCCAAAAGCCAGCCCGCCUUCUACCCCAAGCAGUCCAGAUGACACACAGAGCCUGGCAGGAGACUCUCAGUUAUUGAGAAGGAGAAGAAAGAUACCUAAGGUGGUGUUGAAGAUUAAUGCGAUCUAUGAGGCUAGGAGGGGGAGGAAGAAAGUAAGACGAAUCACUCAGUCUUCUGAGGCCAACACAGGAAGAGUUACAGAUGAAAACAGUGAAACUGACAGUGAGACUGAAGAGAAGCUUAAAGCUCACAGUCAGCGUCUCGUGUUGGUGAAGUCCUUGCUGAAGCAAAAGAGUCGCUACCGAACCUUGGAGAGAGAUCUCAUUGAGUUCCAGGAGUGGCAGCUAUUUGAGUUCUUUGUGGUGGUCGCUCUCCACAUGAAGAAGGGAAGUAGUACAUAUGUCCCUGAGGUCACCCAGCAGUUCCCUCUGAAGCUGGAUAAACCAUUCAAGUUUAUGCGGGAAACAGAAGAUCAGUUAAAAGUCAUUCCGCAAUUCUGCUUUCCUGAUGCCAGAGACUGGACUCCUGUUUCUGAGUUUACCAGUGAAACCUUUUCAUUUGUCCUGACUGGAGAAGAUGGGAGCAGACGAUUUGGUUAUUGUCGGCGCCUACUGCCUACUGGGAAGGGGAAACGUCUACCGGAGGUCUAUUGUAUAGUCAGUCGGUUGGGCUGUUUCAACCUCUUCUCUAAGAUCUUGGAUGAGGUAGAGAAGCGACGAGUGAUUUCUCCUGCUCUUGUUCAGCCGUUCAUGAGGAGCAUUAUGGAAGCACCUUUCCCUGCCCCAGGGCGAACCAUCACUGUCAAAAACUUCCUUCCAGGAUCAGGAAAUGAGGUGAUCCAGCUGUGCAGGCCCCUGGACUCCCGAUUAGAACACGUGGACUUCGAGUGUCUUUUUUCUUCACUAAGCAUCCGCCAGUUGAUUAAAGUCUUUGCUUCCCUGCUACUGGAGAGGAGGGUGAUUUUCACAGCAGAUAAACUCAGUACUCUAUCCAAGUGCUGCCAUGCAGUGAUGGCUCUUCUCUACCCUUUUGCCUGGCAGCACACCUACAUCCCUGUUCUACCUCCAUCCAUGAUUGACAUAGCCUGCUCCCCCACUCCAUUUCUGAUAGGACUUCUCUCCAGCUCCCUGUCCAAGUUGAAGGAUCUGCCACUGGAAGAGGUGCUUGUAGUUAAUCUUGGGGCAAACAAGUUUCUUAGGCAGGUGGACGAUGAGGAUUCCAUUCUACCACGUAAACUGCAGGUGGCACUGGAGCAUGUUUUGGAGAUACGUAAUGAGCUGGUCAGUCAAGAAGAGGACACUGUAUUAGAUGGUCUUGGCUCCCUUAAUACUGUGGUAUCUGAGACCUUUGUCCGCUUCUUUGUGGAGAUAGUAGGUCACUACUCCUUGUACAUGACGUCGAAUGAGAAGGAUGAAAGAAUUUUCCUAUGGGAGGCAUUUCGUAAAUCUAUCUCAUCAAAAAGUGUCCGCCGGUUUCUGGAGGUUUUCAUGGAGACACAGAUGUUUGGAGGAUUUAUUCAAGAUCGAGAGCUGAGGAAGCUUGGGGUGAAAGGUUUAUUUGAAGUUAGAGCACAGGACUAUCUUGAAACUCUCCCAGGGAGUGAACAAAGAGGGAUGAACCGAUUCCUUAGAGGUCUAGGUAGUAAAAUGAAAUUCCUUCACAAGAAGUAAACAACUUUUCAGAACUAUUUUAAUGGCAAAGAAAGCUAGAACCAGCCAUCACUGUUUUUCUCUAUUCAGUGGUUCUUCAACCUGAAAUUGGCAAUACAUCAGAACACAUAGAGACACAAGAAGGCUGUUAUAUCAGAGUUGUUCUCACUCUAAAUGUGAAAGCCUUGAGGGGAAAUUAAAUCAAUUCCCGUGACUCUUUGUUAUUUAGACUUGUCUAAAAAUCUGCAUCAUCUCAGCCUGGCUUUCUGCUCUCAUUUGAUAUGCGUAACAUCCCAGAUAAAGUUUGCUUCUUGCAUGAAGCGGAGCAAUGAGGGAGAAGAAAGCAUCAUCUGAGAGGGCCGUUUUUAGAGAUGGAAAUGCCAGAAAGGAAAGAAGAAAUAAAGGAGAACAUUUGUAAAUAUGUGAAUUUUUUAAGGUGAUUUUUAGAUUCUUUACUUGGGUUUAUCCUUGAGAUCACAGUACGAUAUAUCUGUCAGCUGAAUGCCAUUGAUGUCAUUUAUCUGUUCACCAUGGAAAGAAGUCUGUUCACCCAACCCUGCUUUAUCUACUCCCUGGCUGAUGACAGACCAAUGCUCUGAAGGAGUAAGGUAUAAAAUGUGCAUGGUGCAGCAGAGCUCCCUGUAUAUUACUGACAGAAUGCAAAAGACUCUAAAAUCAGUGUGCUAUAUACACUGAGGUUACUGGAGAUGACAUUUCCUAUCUAUCAAUGUUUAAAUCAAUUGGAAAUCUGAAAAUGUAAUUGAUUGCCAUCUCUAUAGUUUAAAUUAAAUGCGAUUCAGUAACAGUUCAUUGUCCGAGGUUUAUUAGUGCAUAGUGGCUGCCAUUUUUGAGCAAAUUGCCCUAAUAUUGAAAUAAGCUGCAGGUAACAGGGAAGGUUUUAAAUUAUUGGUCAAGGUCAUUAAGGAGGUAGUCAGGAGACAACAUGCCAUAGAUUUUGUAUCUCUACCUUUUGUACUGUACAUUGCAUUUACAGAAAUAUCAAAAGUUUACAACUACACAAGGAACUGACCUACACCAGCCUUAAAACAGAAGAACAUUGCCACUUUGGCCAGAGGCUGCAAUGAUGUUACAUAUAAUCUCCUGGUCAGAGAUUUUAAUGUUCUCUCAUGUCUUAAGAAGAUUCAGAGAACCUAGUUUUGCUUACCAAUGCUUGUAUGUUGCUCUACUGACCUUUCAACCUCAAACAGGUUACCAGAUGGGAGAAAGAUGAGAGAUGGUACUAUACCAAAAUAAUUACAAUGUUUACAAAAUCCCAAGAUAACACAAGUUGUAAAGAAGCUGUAAGAAUUUAAACUGACAUAGCUAAAAGGGCACUGAUUGUUCAAUCACUGUAAUAUAGCUCUUGGACAAAGAUGUAAGAAUAGUUUAGCAUUGACACCACUGUAUUAUCAACAUGAUCACAAUGGGUUUUUAGUUUACAAAUUCCUGGUAAUACUAAAUUGUUUCAAAAUCUCCUGCUUGAGAGCAAUGUGGUACUUAUUAUAUGCCUGUUCAGUUUUCAAUAAGCGCGUAUUCCAGAAGGUUUGACCUUGGUCCUGAUCCCUGAAUGAAAUACGAUUGAAAUAUGAACAACAUUGGUUAUGGAUGGGAAGUUAUCCUUAUUUCAUUGCCCAUCCUUGGAGGACAAUAUUUUAAUGGAACUUAAUGCCUUCUCUGCAGAUCCAACUAGGAUAUAUUAAAAAAGUGUGGAGAACUGCAAAGACAGUGAUUGCUUUGGUACUAGAUUUUAGGGAAUCAGUAUAUUCCAGAACUAAUCAGAGCAUAUCUUGGGUGAUUAUAAAUUCAGUGUUGAGUUGUGUUUACUGCAUUACUUCAUCAGGCACAAAAGUUCACUUGCAUUUUCUAAAUAAAAGGCUCGUGAAGAGGUGAUACUUUUCUUUACUAGGCAUUAGAGGCAUGUUGAGACUUUUGUACUGGCUUUUAGCAAAAAAAAAAGCCAGAAUUUAAAGUAAACCAUAGUCUUGAAUACUGCAGAGUCCCUUUGCUUGAGGUAACUACCAAUUUGCUGAAUGUGUCCACACGGGUUAGCUGGAGCACUAAAUGAUGGUAACAGCAGUAGAGGAUGGAGGGAGAGUUAGAGAAAAGCAUCCCAAGGAGUCCUGGAUAUUGAGAAUCACAGGUUGAAGGAGACAACCUGAACAUGUAUAAGCUAAAUGUUUUAAGGAAAAAAAAGAGAAUAUACACAAUUCCACAAUAUGUUGACUAGAAUGUCUAAUAAUUGGAAAAGGGAUUCAGGAGCAUAUUCAAAACAAAAUGGUCCCCAACCAGCAUUCAGACAUGCUCCUUGUUCUUAUAGAGUGUAAUACUACAAAUCCUGAGAUCUGUUCAUGUAACUUAAGGAAAAUUCUAUUUAUUUCUGUGACCUAAUUAAUCAAAAUCUGUUGUUUGUAUUUUGGGUAUGAAUGCUCAAUAAAGACUUUUUAAAAAAAUAUGCUUAAUUGAAAAAUUUUUUUCAAUGCACAAGAAAAACUUUCACGGAUGCAGCCAUUUUCUUUCCCCCACCAUCUCAGGGCUUUCUAAAUAAUUUGUGUAAUUAUGUAUGGUGCUUUAAGUUGUUGCUAUUGUUUAGCAAGACACAAGCCUAAUAAACUAGGGUGGAAUAGAGAGCUGCACAUCCUACUUUAGGAUGGAUGAAUGUUGUCUAGAAUUUGUUUGCUUAGGAAA